GGGACGCCGUCAGUCGGCUUAUCGCACUUCGAACCUCCCCCAGGCCCGUUCCGUAUCUCGAAUUUGAAUUUUUUAAUUUUCCGACCAGUUUUUGUAUUUUACUCGGGUUUCCACAAAUAUUUCCACGCAUUUUCCGCCUCCCCGGGUUCACGAUUUUCCUCGCCGGGCCCAGCGGAUGCCAAGUUGAAUGCCGCAUCUACAAAUGGAUUCAAUUAAAACACCAAAAAUUGAAAAUGUUCGUAUGUUGGAUCGUUACAACGCAAGAAAGCUCUGUUUUGGAAACUUGUUUGUAACUGCAACUCAUCUUAUAUUUGUUGAAACUGAGACUAAUAAAGAGACAUGGAUUUUACUGCUCCAUAUUGCAUCGGUAGAGAAACUGCCAAUUUCAACAUCAGGAUGUCCUUUGCAGAUCAGAUGUAAAACUUUUCAUUCGGUCACAUUUGUCAUUCCACGUGAAAGGGCUUGCCAUGAUGUAUACAGUUCUCUUUUAAAAUUGUCUCAACUUGAAAAAGUGGAAGACCUUUUUUGUUUUCGCUCUUCCAAUUGUGAAAACAUUCCUAAAACCGCUGGAUGGAAUUUUUUCGAUCUUCAAGCGGAAUUUCAAAGAAUGAGAGUCCCAAACGAGCAGUGGAGCCUCACCCUCCUCAACAAAGAUUAUGAGCUCUGCGACACAUAUCCUAGUUUACUUUUUGUUCCGUCUACGGCAAAUACUACCAUUUUAACUGGCAGUUCCAAGUUCAGGAGUAAAGGACGACUACCUGUUUUAACUUACCUACAUAAAAAUAAGGCUGCAAUAUGUAGAUGCAGUCAGCCGUUAUCUGGAUUUAAUGCAAGGUGUUUAGAAGAUGAACAAAUGUUAAAUUGUAUCAUUGCUACUAAUCCAACUGCACCUCAUAUGGUUGUUGUAGAUACAAGGCCAUUGAUAAACGCAAUGGCAAAUAGAGCGAAAGGAAAAGGAGGAUAUGAAAAUGAAAAUUUUUAUGAUAAUAUAAAAUUCAGCUUUAUGGGUAUUGAGAACAUUCAUGUGAUGAGAAAUGGACUCAUGAAACUAAUUGAAACUUGUGAACUCAAAUGGCCCUCCAUGUCAGGAUUUUUAAGCGGAUUAGAAAGCAGCGGUUGGUUAAAGCAUAUAAAAUCUAUUCUCGACACGAGUUGGUUUAUUGCUCAGGCCGUAGAGUCCGGGGUUAACGUUUUAGUGCACUGCAGCGACGGUUGGGACAGAACUGCGCAAGUGUGCUCACUUGCUGCCAUGCUUUUGGACCCGUUUUAUAGAACAAUACAAGGCUUCCAGGCCCUAAUUGAAAAAGACUGGCUUAGUUUUGGCCAUAAGUUCACAGAUCGAAUCGGCCAUUUGGCCGGCGAGACCAAAGAAGUCUCUCCAGUAUUUACACAGUUUAUCGAAUGUACGUGGCAAUUGAUGGAAGAUUUUCCAACGGCUUUCCAGUUUAAUGAAAGCUUUUUAUUUGCGAUCCAUGAUAAUACGAGUUCUUGUUUAUAUGGAACAUUCAUAGGAAAUUGUGAAAAAGAAAGAAUAGAACUUAGAUUAAGUGAAAGGACUUUCUCAUUAUGGGGCUUCAUGGCAAAUCAUAUGCGAGAAUAUAUAAAUCCACUGUAUAAUCCGAAAUUUUGCGAAGGAGUUCUAAGACCAAACCUCAUACCCCAGAAUAUAAGGUUUUGGAGAGGAAUGUACUGUCGUUUUGAAAGUGGCGUCCAUCCCAGAGAGAGUGUGAGUGAAUCCCUGCUAGUUGCUUCCAAUCAUAGCAAUUCAUUAGAAGAACAUAUCAAACUACUACAAAAAAAAAUUAAUGCACUCACAAAACUAUUGAGUGAUCCUCAAGGCAAAAAGAUGUAUGAAAAAAUAAAUUCAGCAUCAUGCACUGGCAAUAAGGUAAAUGAGCAGGAAGACGUUUUGAAGAAUGCUGUUCCAUUAGUUAAAAGUAAUCCUUUUGAUCUAAACAAGAAAUCAAUCGAUUCAUUAAGCGAUGAUUUAACUGCGCUCGCAUUAGAUUGGAAAACACUCAGAAACGUCAAGUGCUUUGAAUGUACAGCUCCUUCUGACCAUAGUAUGGUAAAGUAUCACUGUUGGCAGUGUGGGAAUAUAUUUUGUACUCGCUGUAUCGAAAAGCAUAUAACUCUUCCUGGCCACUUGAGCCAGUGUGCAGUUCCUGUCUGUCAUCCAUGUUACCAAAAAUUGAAUCGCUCAUCAUCAGCUGAAACUCCGUGAUAAUCAGGUGGUAAAAUUUGACUACCUAUGUUUAUAGUAAUUACUAUUAUAUCCGGGGUGAUCCAAUAUCGGCAAAACAGCACUAUAAAAUAUCAAAUAAAAUAAAAACAAAAUUGUUGAUUCACAAAUGUGCAUUUAGGAUAUAAUUCUACCUUAAUAGUUGGUUUAUAGUUGAUUUAAUGAAAGGUUAAGUUUUUGGUAAAUGCAAAAUUUUUUCAAUCUGACCAAAAGUCGAGUAUUUUCUAAAUUUUUUAAAAUUUAUUUCCUUAAAAACCUUGCUUGCUAAUUUACUAAUUUUACAGAACUAAUAUAUCCUGUAUGAAUGAACCAAAUCCUAACCGACUAUCUUCAAUAUUAUGAGCUAAUUUUACCAUCAAACAGUUCAACUCUACUUAUUCAUAGAAAUCUUUAAAAAAAUUUAACAUCACAUUCGUAACCCCAAAGCAAAAUUUUGUCCUAUGCCUAGCUUUGACACUUAACAUUUAUUUUUGAGCACUCAUUUUGGAUUACCCUGUAUAUAAUACUGCAUUUACUAUUGUUGGUUCAAACAACUAAGUGUUACAUGUGUUUUUUUUCUUAUAAAAUUAGUUGUAAAAAAUAAAUUCUUGUUAACACGUUUGGUGCAGCAAAAGAGGCAUUGUACUUUCCAUUUUUAUCUGAAUCCUUGUGGAUUGGCAGAGUCAAGUUCAUAAAAUUUACCGUAUAACUGUAUGUUUAAAAAUAGAUGUAGCAUCUCAGAAGUGGGAUUUAGCCAAAAUUAAACAGAAAAAAAAAUUCCACACUCAACUGGCUUGGCUACGACUUGUUUUCCUUUUUCAGAUGUCAGGGCCACUCAACAGGGGCUUAGGGGUGCAACUUGUCCACACAUGUAUCCCAAACAUGUCUUUUCUAGUAACUUUUUUUAAAAGAUGGAAAUGGUUUUAUGCUUGUAUUACAGUAUUCACAGCUGCUGUUCUGAUUUUACCCGCUGUUCUUUGUUUUUAUUUCAUAGUUCAAGGCUUGGAAUCUAAGAGUUGGUUGUUGAUGAAAUUUUCUGCCCGGUAAUUUAUUGAAACACAAGAGCAUUUAUAGUAAUUAUUCAAUUCAAUGUCAGAUAUUUAUCUGUAGAUUUCCCCUUUUAAAAAGCACAAUUGAAGUCGGCAGAGUGAUAGUUGUUUGGCACUUUACGAUGCUCGCUUUGAUGUCUUUGGUGCAAGAAGCAGCGCCACAGCAAUACACUAGGAUGGUCAGGGUAUUUUGAUCAAGUAUUAAAAAUCUUGUUUUCAAAUUAUUUCUUUACUGUUCCUCAAUUUGUUUCAAUUAAUACUUUCAAUUUACCUCCUCCCUUUCCAAAAAUUGACUAGUCUUAUUAGUGCUGUAGAUAACAUUAGUUUUGUUUUCUCAUAUUGUCCUUUUCACCAAACCUUCAAUUUGAAUUUACCUACCUUAGACUGCAAGCCGUUUUUGAUUAUUAUUUUAAUUUGAACUUAAUUUUUUUUUAAAUUUAGAUUUCUCUAUCAUUUGGUAAUU